CUGCAAGCGGAGCGCCCGGCCAGGCUUCCCGAGUCGGCGUGCAGUGAGCGGAGAAGCGCGGCUGGCCGAGCCGCAGGAUCCAGGAGGCGCGUCUCUCGCUGUGCAGGGACCCGGAGCUGCAGGCGAUCGGGAAGAAGCGAUCGAGCUGCUGCUGCUGCGCCGGCUGGGCGCUCCUGCUUAGGACGGCUCCCCUCGGUCGGCCGUGCCGCCGCGCCUUGCUUGCUUCCCCUUGUCCCCCGGUGGCUCAGCCCCGGCGGGUCCCGCUGUCCUCAGAGGGGGUCUCCCGCCCGGGAGCCAGGCGGAUGCCGCCGCAGCAAGAAGGAGAGACGGGCUACAUCAGCAAGCCGCUGCCGGGCGGCUGCGAAGUGCCCCCGGUGCCGCCGCGGAGGGUCCGCAGCAGCCGGGCAGCGGCGCUGGGGGCCGCGCUUGGGAGCCGCUGCCGGGCCGGGGCGGGCGGCGGCGGGACUGGCGGCGGCGGAUCCGAGCCUCGCCGCAGCAUCAAGUGCGUGCUGGUGGGAGACGGCGCGGUGGGCAAGACCAGCCUGGUGGUGAGCUACACCACCAACGGCUACCCCACGGAGUACAUCCCCACCGCCUUCGACAAUUUCUCAGCUGUUGUAUCCGUUGAUGGCCGGCCAGUGAGGCUCCAGCUCUGUGACACAGCUGGCCAGGAUGAAUUUGACAAGCUCCGGCCACUGUGCUACACCAACACAGACAUCUUCCUGCUGUGCUUCAGCGUGGUGAGCCCUUCCUCUUUCCAGAACGUGAACGAGAAGUGGGUUCCUGAAAUCCGAUGCCACUGCCCCAAAGCACCCAUUAUCCUCGUUGGGACACAAUCGGACCUCCGGGAGGACGUCAAGGUUCUCAUUGAGCUGGACAAAUGCAAAGAAAAGCCCGUGGGGGAGGAGGCCGCGAGGCUCUGUGCCGAGGAAAUGAAAGCCGCCUCUUACAUCGAGUGCUCCGCUUUGACUCAGAAAAACCUCAAAGAAGUCUUUGAUGCAGCCAUUGUUGCUGGCAUUCAGUACUCGGAUACUCAGCAGCAGCCAAAGAAAUCGAAAAGCCGGACUCCAGACAAAAUGAAAAACCUCUCCAAAUCCUGGUGGAAAAAGUAUUGCUGUUUUGUAUAGUAUAUUUUGCAAAGGCUUUGAAAACAACAGUUGGAUACUGGGAGCGGGUCAAAGCUAUAUUAGCCCAAAAUCUCUCUAUUCCAGAGCACACGGACUGAAUUCCACAGCUCUACAUGCUGCUAAAAGUCAUCCGUUGUCAUUGGAGGAAGAGGAGGAGGUGGUGGUGGGAGGACCUGAGGCAGCUGGGUGAUGUGCAUUAGGUGGAAGGUUCCCACCCGGAGUCAGUGGAGUUUCCUGUUGCCAAGGGACAACUUAUCCCACACUUCUGUGAAACCAGAAGCUGCGCCAAGGAAUUGACUCCAUGCAGAAGUGGGAGGAGCCACAACAGAGGCCUCUGAUGCCAAGGUGACACAGAAACCAGGAGAAGACUAUAGGAGGACAGAGUUUGACAGGUGGAUGUUAGAAAAUGUGUGCUACUUAAUGACAUUUGGCUUCCCACGAGCCCGUUUUCAGUCUUGCCAUCUUCAGAAACUAUAACAUGCAUUCCAGAAACAUCCAUAGUUUGAUAAACUUAGCAGAACUUGCACGUAAAUCCUAUAUAUUUUUCUUAAGACGAUAUGCCUACUUCAUGCACAGUGUAGGGAUGUCUUAACACAAUGAGCUGCUUACAUAACUGCAUCUUAUUUGUAGACCCCUGACUUACAGAUCUUUUACAUGGUGUAAAUGUGCAUGCUUGCCAAAUUAUAAAAAUAAUAAUAAUGAUGAUAUUUUGAAUAGCCUUGGGUUGCUUUUCUAUUUCUAGAGACCCCAUGACAGGUUUUUUUAAAGUCAAUUUAUAAAGGAUGUAAUCCCUCCCUUAAACGAUGCACCAAAUACCUGUGAAAUGUUUGUAUCUGAUGGUCUAAAUCAAUGCGACGAUGUUUUCUACAAGAUAAUCUCAACUAAUUACAUUAUAGUCUUUUUCACAUAGUCAGGUACCGCACAUUUAUGUACCUUAGAUAGGGCCAUCUUUCUGCAUGAUGGAAUUCAGUGCCUAUCAAUAUAAGGUGAGGUGGGAUUAGAACAAGCUAUCAGCCAUAAGCAGUAGGAAAUCCAUUCAUUGAUGCCAAUGGAAAAGUCUUCCAGGUAAAUGCAUGGCCAUAGGAAUUGGUCCUGAUUCAAAAUAUACCAAAUCUGUCCCUGUCAAUUUUCAUGUAGUGAUUUAAAUGUUUUUGUUUCAAAUGAUCACAAAUGCAGGCUAGCAGUGGUGGUAACUACCUGGGCUGCAUGCUUUGUCCAUGCUUUCUUAUGGUCUUCCAUAUUGCUUUGAAAAAAAUGAACAUUAGCCGACAUGCAACACAUUUUGGUGACCCAAAUCCCUUUCAAGACAAUUCAAAGGUAUGUUUUAAAUUUUAACAAAAUGGCCUGCCCUUGCAAUAGAUUACAGUGUGAUGGAUCUAAAAUGUGGAAUAUUAUUUGCUCUAAUAUCUAACUAUAGAAAUUCCUCUUCUAAUUAAGUAGUGCAAUGUUCUGAAUUCUGGAGAUUGAGCUAUUUAGGAACCUGAUAUUUGCAAAAUGAGCGCAAAAGCCUUAAGUUAUUGUCUCCUUUUCUGUAUUGUCAAGAUUCCUCCCCCCACCAACCACCGCCUUUAAAGUAGGCUUCUUAUUCAUUCAAUUAUCAUCUUAGGUUUAAACUGACCUAAUUCAGGCAAAAUGGGGAACAAUGGUUUUCUGCUACAUGAAUGAAGUUUGGAUUUACAUCUGCUUUAGUUUUUAAACUAACCACAGUUCUCUGUGAGUCCAGGCUUUGGGAACUGUGGUUAAUUCAAAAGCUAAAGCAGAUGUUGGCACAUAAGCGGAGAGGGAACAUGUGAAUCCAAGACUUCCAUGCUUAGAAUAAGGUAGGAUCAAACAGGUGGAAGCUAGGGGGCAGGUGGAAGCACAUGAGUUUCCCGUUAUGUCUGAAUGCAGUCUACACAUGCAAGCCUUGCAAACAGAAUCCACAUCAGAUCUCACAGGGCUCCUGCAGAACCUCUGUAUUCACUGCAUCUUGUACAUGAGAAAUACCAGUGCGGAAACCCCAGGCACCUACUUGCCCAAUUGUUUAGCACCCAGGGCAUUAAAGAAUUUUUCUUCCAGCCUUAGGUGAAGUUGCUGCCUACAGUUUUUUCAGUGGCUCUCAUUUUUCCUAACCUGGUUGGGAUAAGUUUCCUGUUUCAAUGUUGGCAGUAGCUUAGACUGACUCAGCCCUCUCCUGCCGAGUGGUGAUGGUGGGGGCAGACAGCAGAGAUUCAGAGUUGUCCAAAGCCCCACUGGACUUGUUGCAGCAGGGCAGAAGUAACGGUUUCUGCAUUUCCAGUUGUUUUUUUAUAAUGCGAAUUAUUCCUCUCCAGUUGUUUAUAAUGGGAGAGAAUGCACAGACAUGACUUCCAGGGCUUACAUAUGUUUCCUUUAGUUUCAGGGGACUGAGAAGGGGACUUGUGAGAUCUAUCAAAGCUAUGCUUUUCCCUGACCCACCCCCAGCACGCUUCCUUUAGGCCUCUGAUGAUAUUGGACCUCAAGUGUUGGUGAGGCAAGGGCCACAGAGAUUUCCGCAGUGGGAGGUCCUAUCGCAACACACCCCACCCCACCCCUGGUCUGACUUCUAUUCAGAGCGAGGUCUGAUACAUCCCAUAGCCCCAGGAAAACACUCCCAGGGACCAUAGACUUGCAUGGCCCAUCAGAAUGUAGAACACGUAUUUUUUAAAUUUUCAAUGCAUACAGUAAGUCUGUCGUUUUGUUACUGUACUUAUUGCUGUAAGUAAUAAAAGCAUAACUAGCAGUGCAUACAGUUUCAGAGGGAAAUAAAGAGGGGGAAGUACUUUCACUUGCAGUGUGAUUUAAAUAUUGAAUCCUUUCAACUCCUCUUAUUAUGAGAGCCAGUGUGGUGUAGUGGUUAAGAGCGGUAGACUUGUAAUCUGGGGAACUGGGUUCGCGUCUCUGCUCCUCCACAUGCAGCUGCUGGUUGACCUUGGGCUAGUCACACUUCUCUGAAGUCUCUCAGCCCCACCCACCUCACAGGGUGUCUGUUGUGGGGGAGGAGGGGAAAGGAGAUUGUCAGCCGCUUUGAGACUCCUUCGGGUAGUGAUAAAGCGGGAUAUCAAAUUCAAACUCCUCCUCCUCCUCCUCCUCCUCCUCCUCUUCUUCUUCUGCUUUUUGGUAUCCCCUCUCCAUAAGAAAGUAGGUCACAGUAACCAGGAAAAGAGACCAAAAUGGAGUAAGGAUAAUAAGGGAAGAUCAAGGGUAAGUGGGGGGAAACCCUCACAAUCGGACGGACUGCUUAUUUUGUUCAUUCUUGUUCUUAAAAUGUGUUUAAAAACAAACUCUUCCAAGUCUGCAUUACAUGUCUCUUAUCAUGCUUGUCUGUGAUUACCUCCAUUGACGCCAUGUUUAAAUAACAUUAAAUGAUGCUUCAACCUUU